AUGGCUGAAGGAAAUCAGCAAGAUUACGGCUCAGAUCCCGCCGCGACGCGCUCAGACGACCUCGAUCGCGAAAAUGGCCCAGCGCUAACCUCCUCAGGGAGGACCAUACAAGCCUGUGACCGAUGUCGUCUGAAGAAGGUGCGGUGCGAUGGCGUUGUGCCUACGUGUGGACGUUGCAAAGCCGCCAAUCUAGGGUGUUUUGUCACGGUCAAGUUAACUCGCAAAUCUUACCCAAAGAGCUAUACUGAGUCCAUUGAAGAGCGCCUCCGAGAAGUUGAGGCUGAAGGCCGCGCCAAAGAUGAUCGAAUUAAGGAAUUGGAAUCAGCGCUUGCUGCUACUACCACAAUACAGCAAACCACUCCCUGGAAUCCGUCUUUGCCCCCCAAUUCGGCACAGCCCCCUUCCAAUCCGUUGACUGGUUUCGGAGUCCGUCCUAAAUCCGGCUCUCGGGUAGCUCUGACUGAUGAACCUAUCUCUCGCGAAGUUGGUCGCAUGAAUGCGGACCGCAGGGGCGUUGGCCGCUUCAUGGGUUCCUCUUCGGGUAUCUUCUUCAUUGGAACUGCGGAGCAGCGUUUCGCAGCCAUCGUGAAAAGCCCAGGAAAGGUCGAAGAUGAGCUCCUUCGGGUAGACGCAGAUGAAGAAAACACCAGUUACUCGUUACAUGCUAUCUGCGACAAUACCACGCCGCCGGCUUCACUGCCACCAAUGGAGACGGCCUUGAACCUCGUUCACCGAUGGUUCGAUUGCUGGUGCUAUGUCUUUCCUAUUCUCCAUCGACCAUCCUUCAUGAAAUCAUUGGAAACCUUGUAUGCUACCCCGGCCGAGACACACGAUAGACCCUUCCUGGCGCAAUUUUAUCUCGUCCUCGCAUUGGGAUGCCGCCAUCUACUUCUAACCAAAGACAUGUCCAGUGGUGGCCUAUCUACUGCUAGCAUCGACCGCGAAGAUCUUCAGUAUUACCACAACUCGUUGCUCUAUCGGAAUGAAAUUUUGAACGCAAAUAACCUUCAAACCCUGCAGUUCCAAGAGCUCUUGACAUUGUGGUUCUCAUACACUGGAAAGAAGAGCUUAGCCUUCCAGAUGACUGGCAGCAUGGUGAAGCUGUCAUUGGAGCUUGGACUACAUCGCCACUCUCGGCGUUUCACUUUCGACCCUUUAACGACUGAACUCAGGAAGAGGGCCUUCUGGGUGUGUUAUAUCAUGGACAAUUUUCUAUCGGCUGUUGAAGGCCUUCCAAAAUCCUUCAGGGACCAAGAUGUUGACGUCGAGCUCCCUUCAGACGUGGAUGAUGAAUUUGUUACUGCAACCGGAUAUCUGCUGUCCCUACCAGGCGAGCCCACGGGAAUGACGGCUUUUGUAUCUCUCGUGAAGGUUGUCCGAGUGUUGUCCAACACGCUGGAGAUGCUAUAUACCACCACCGACAGGAGGCGAUGUGUCACAAAAAUUGCUAGCAUCAACCGUCAACUCGACCAAUGGGUUCAUACACUGCCAGAUCAUCUUCAAAUCUACCAACCCGCUACCGCAACGGAGCCGGAAGACGUGUUCGAGGGCCUUGGCUCCCUUGAGCCGGCUGUUCUGUUCUUGCACAUGACGUAUUUCUACGUAAGCAUUGCAGUACAUCGAGUCGCUCUAUCAUUCCCGCCCUCCGUUCCUCAGUAUAAGGUAUCGCUUGUGCAGUGUAUGAAAGCUGCGAAAGAGCUGAUAUACCUGGCGUCUCGAUUCCGGGCCUACCUGCUUGUUUUCGAAAUAAAUCCCGGAGGGUAUGUUUACACCUUAUGGUCCUGUGGCCUUCUGUUGGCAUUCGGAUUGUGGGGUGUACAGAAAGAUGGAGGAAGCCUUUCUCAUGUCCAAGAUGCGGAAAGGGAUGCGAAGAGCUUAGCCAUGGAGUGCGUGGAGGUUCUACGGUAUCUAGCGGCUUGCGGUUGCGCGAGUGCGAGAGCGCGGGCUGAUAACCUUGGGGGAAUCAUCGCCAGCGCCGACCCGAUGUUCCCGACCUCGGAUGAUGGCCGCCUUGUCAGUGGUCGUAGCACUGGGGGAGCAAGCAUCCCAGGCGGGACAGCUGUGCGUGUGAAUACAACCCAGAGCAGAUCUUCUGCAACUCCGAGCUCUCAAGCUUGCUAUCAACUACCCGACGCACCAUCUCCUUUUACUAACACGCUACAAGAGCUCUCCGCCAGCUUGGUGGCUUCCCAUGACUCGCAAAUUCAUCCCUCUCAGUCUCCAGCAGACAUCCAUGGCGGAGUUCCAGCUCAAGCCCCGGUCGGACCAUCAUCAUCGACAGUCAUGGAAGGUUUUAAUGGCGAUUUCAGCCUCCUUCUGCCUUCUUCCUUCGACCGCUUCGACAAUUUCACGUACGGUCCCCCACCCACAGACGUUGUCGGGCUCCAGUCGAUAGGGGGACUCUGGGACGAUCCGAUUUUCCAACUACCCUCCGAUACGGGUAUCCUGUCUCCCACUUUCGCAGCAUUUCAGGCAGGUGACGUCACCAGCUCAGUGGGCAGUGUAGGCCUCGACGGAGAAAGCUCAAGGAAGAGGCAAAGGUUGAACACUAGAAGUGAUGGGUAG